AGUUAAAUGAAAGUCAAUGAAUUAAGAAGACCAGACCCAUCUGCUAUUGCAUUGGUGUCAGUUAAGUAGACCUGAACUUACAAUUGAUGUUCAAUGGUAAACGGACAGAGUGAACAGUCUUAAUUUAUCUGCCAUCUUUGAUCAGCUGUCAAGACACUUAAACUACACGCGUGUGUCGCUAACACUACGAAAAUAGACUUCAGUUCGUUGAAGAGAUGGCGCUAAUUGGAGUGCAGCUGGUGGUCAGCUUGCUGGUUGCUAGCAUCAUGCAGAGAAUGACUCCACACUGUUCUUUUGCUCGCUGGCUUCUAUGCAAUGGCAGUCUAUUCCGGUUCAAACACCCCUCUGAAGGAGAGCUGUGUGCCCUGGCAGGCAAACAGAUGCCCAGCAAGUCCAGCAGGAGAGACAGGAGACAGAAUGGGGACAGCAAGCCUCUCACAGUGCCGAAGGACAUCGACCUUAACUUGGAAAAAGCUCCAAUUGGCCUCCUUGAUGCCCUUGUAUUGCGAUUCUUCCUGGAGUACCAGUGGUUGAUUGACUUUGCAGUGUAUGCGAUGGGCAUCUACCUUUUCACAGAGGGCUACUUCUGUGUAGUUGACCCUGCCAUGGAGGUCCACAUUGGGGCCUUCUGGUGUGUGCUGACUGUUCUCUGCUGCCUGAAAACCCUCCACUCCCUGAUGGGCCACUAUUUCCGGUCUGACGAGGGAGGUGAGCGUUCGGUGUGCUUGGCCUUUGGUUUCCUAUCUCUGCUGGUGGCCAUGUUGGUGCUAGUGGUCAGAGAAGACUACCUGGAGUUUGGCCUGGAGCCUGGUUUUAACAGUCUUUUUAACAACCUUGAGGUUUUCGCAAAACAGCAAGGCUUUGCUGAGUGGUCAGUCCCGGUGACCAAGCUGACUGUGAAGUUGGGUCUGGCUGCCAUCUGUGCUUUUAUUGGUGCUUUGCUGGCCUUCCCUGGCCUCCGCCUAGCCCAGACCCACCUGGACGCAGUUCAGAUGAACUCAGACCGCCCAUUCAUCCAGAUUCUGUUGCACAUUAGUUUUCUGGCUCCAGUGGUGGUGAUCGUGUUGUGGAUCAAACCCAUCGCUAGGGACUUCCUGGGGAACGCUCCAAUGGGGAAGACCUCAGUCACGCUUAUGUCAAGCGCAAUGUUUGACAGUGUUCGUCUGUGGGCGGUGGUGGUACUGUGCUGCCUGAGGCUGGCCCUGACCCGCUACCACAUGCAGGCCUACCUCAACCUGUCCCAGAAGUGGGUGGACCAGAUGAAGAAGGAGGCAGGACGCAUCGCUGCUAUCGACAUCCAGAGGAAGGUGACCCGUGUGUUCUGCUACCUGACCAUAGUCACCCUGCAGUACGUGAUCCCUGUUCUACUCCUCCUCUUCUCUACCCUGGCUCUGAAGGUCCUGGGUGACUUCUCGUGGAGUGGUGCGGAACAGGCUCCGGGGGUGACUCCUGCCCUGGUAAUGCCCACGGUCACUCCCGUCCUGCCAGGGCUGGAGGAGGACGAGGAUGGGGUGGAGUACAUGGAGGAGGACAUCCAGGCCACGGUGGCUCGUCUGACAGAGGGCUUCUCAGCCCUGCGCUCCGUCCUCACCCCCCUCUUCUUCAGAGGCCUCUUUGCCUUCCUUACCUGGUGGGUGGCCGCCUGCCAGGUCAUCAGCAGCCUGUUUGGCAUCUACUUCCACCAGUACCUCAUGCAGAACUGAGGAAGAAUACACAGAACUACACUACCCACAAUACCUAGCUAACACAAGCCCAGUGUGAUGUAGGCAGGUAAACCUCUUUAACACAACAGAAGGACAGGAUGGGUGCUCUUGUCUUACUGUAACUAAGGACAUGUGAGGGUUUCUUCUGACACACUACUACUUUGUUGUCCUGUGGGACACAGAUGAUGUUGCCUGUGACUGCCUGGGGACUAUGAUGGAGAUGCAGUAUAAUGGGGACUGAACUCUGUCCCUUGCUACUUAACACAUUUCUCUUAAGCCCAGUGUUAACCUUCUUAAUUUUUCAUCACACAAUAUUGUUAAAUGCUGCAAAUGAGACUUUACUAUUAGGAAAAAGGUACCACUACACUACAGCCUAGUUUGCUAUUAGACAGAUUCAGAAGCUCUUGAUGCUUUUUUAAAAAUUUCGUUAUAUUUUCUGCUAUAUACCGUACCGAUUGUCAUGAACCCAUGGAGUUCAGUCUAUUUAGCAGUCAUCACCACUUGUGUAUGGAUUGAUCAAACUCGGGCCUCGCCUGUUCAUUCUCCUUAAUCAUUUAUACCCACCUUUAAAACGAAGCACUGAGGAUCAGUUACUGUGUUUAUUUAAUGAAGGGAUUCAAAGAAGAAUUCCAAGUGCCUGGAAACUCAGGGAUUUUAAGUCGAUGAUAAGAUCUCCUUUUUUCAUUAAAUGUUUUUUUCUCUGUAAAAUGGUAGACUGGUGAUAGACAUUUAUCUGUAUCAUUGAAUAACACUCCAGCCCAGACUGGAUUUGGCCAAAUUUACUUGUUAUCAACCAUCUUUCAGUCUCAACAAAGUUUGUUAGUUGUUUGAACAAGGUACUUUGUCUUUUAUUGCUGCCAAACUAUAAUUCACAGAUGUAGGCUUAGAACAAAUCUCGCUUAAAACUUCAACCUAGGUCUGAAAUGCGUUGCUGAUUGUAGGGUCAAUGGUUUGUUUAUUUAUUUAUUUAUUUGCCCCUGGUCAUAUUAUGUUGGAAAGGUGCAGGUGUCGUGCUGCUGUUUGGGUCAUGGUUUAUGGCACGUGUGAUUUAUUUGAUUGAAUGUUCGCUAAUCAUUUCACGGUGUGUGGUUUGUAUGAAGAUGCUGUUUUUACAAUUAAGAGACUUCUGAAUGCAUGGCGUUAACUUUUUAGUUGUGUACAAGUGUUUUAUUUGGUUGUGUGGCUUAAUAAAACAAUAAUUGAAUAUUUUUAUGAUUCUUUUCCAUCUUUAGUUUUUAGUAUGCCAAAAUAACAUGUUUUGAUUAUCCCAGCAAAAUGUACAUUUCAGAUUUCAUUUUCUCCCAAUUACUUAUUUUCUUUAUUAUAAAGCGUAGGAGAUAAGGGUGAUAAAAGAUGGGGGUCCUUCAAAGUUAAUAAUUUGACAAAAGACCAUGCAUGACAAUGGUUUGUAGCUGCUGAAUUGGGCAUUCACCUCUGACCUUAAUCAUUGAUAAUUGCCCUGCACUAAUUCUGUCUCAACAAUCUGAUAUAGACAAAUAUUUUUUUGUAAAUAUAUUUAGAUUUUUCGAUCUUAGUAUGUGUAAUAUCAUAUAGCUUUGUAGCAAUGUGAUGCAGUGCAACGUGUCACAAAUGUAGUGCCAACUUGUCAAAUUUCUCAAAUGGUAUAUUUUUGUGGAUAUCACUUUUUGUGAAAUAAUAUUGGUAAAAAUCAGCUUGCUUUUGUAUAGCUCUAAGGAACAUGACCUUCCCUCAGAUGUGACACAGACAGAAAGGCCCGUGGAGCGUUCGUCUGAGCUGACAUGAUUUAUUGAAGAUAUUAUUUGACUUCCUGAUCCAGUCAAAACCCACAAAGAUGCCCAAUUUAGGGAGGGACUGAUCUGAGCCUUUAUGUUCUGGUGAGGUGGGAAUGUUUCAUUGGAGGAUAUCGAUGGUGCUCAAGCACAGAACUAGAUGGGACCAGAUAACACCUUGGAACUUUGUUAUGGAUGGCUGAGAUUCUGAUCUUGAAUGUUUGUUUCACUAACAAUCUUUUACUGUUUGACAACAUUUUUAUGUGAUAUGAUUUUUUUAUCAUUGUUGAGUGAAAUUUCUGAAGAAGUUGUUUCCCCACUUGUUUUAUCUUGUCAUGCAUUUGCCUUGAUGCUUUUCAGAUCACAGAGCAUUUUACAAUGAUGUCAAAACAGCUAUUAUGAGUACUUUGACUUCCUUCUGAGAAUUUUCUACCUAACCCUCUAUUGCCCCUACUGGUAUAAGGCCUAUAUAAAAUGUAUGUGGCGGGGCUUGCUUUCCUCUUAAGGCCAGGCAGAUGCAGGCCUUUACUGGCCUCUGACAGGUCUGGGAGAGUGUCUGGUUUAAUGAACUGGAAGGUGACAGGGUUGACAUAUCUAUAUAAUCACAUUAAUUAUGUGCAUGUGUUUGGAGGCCCCCAGUCUGCAGCCUGCAGCCACCAUGGCUGUUGCUAUAGGGACCAGGCAGCGACCAGACAACGGAGGCUUCAGUCAUGCCCUGCAGACUGGCCCUAUCCUCAGGGGAGCUGCCCAGACACCCCCCCUGUGACUCUUUUCAUUUGGGGAGCAGAGGCCAUGCUGACGGGUGGGAGAGGGAUAAUUCUAGCCAAUUUCAUCCUGGUUAUUCUAAAUUGUAGGGAAAUGCUCUAGAGGGAAGAACAUAUUCACUGUAUGUGAUGUUCAGCUGUGAUUGUAAGGCAUUUUGUAUUGUAUGCACACUGUAUAAAGCUUGUCUGGUUUUAUAAUGUUCCUUCAUUCUUGUUCCCUCAGUUGGAACCUAGUGGUUUGACAUGAUAGUGAGUGACUAGAUGUAUUCAAUGGAACAAUCUAGAUAAAUAAAUGGACAUAUGAAAGA